AUGAAGGUUCUCAUCAUCCUCGCCGCCCUGCUUGGCAUUAGCAUUCAGCUUGAUAUCAACUGCCGCGGCUCUGCCAUGUGUUCAGGCUGCAAACAACCCCUUGGCGACGGUGGCAUGUUGGACUUCAUCAACGACAAUCUCUCCGACGACGCAGUCUUCAAGGACGGUCAGCAGGUCGCGUGUAAGUCUUGCCAUUUGACCAAGAACGAGGGCCUCUGCGUUUUCCCGCAGAAGCUCGGGGACAAGACAGUCACUGGCAAGGACGUCAAGCGCGCCGUCCAGCGGCUGAAGGAGAAAGGCUGCAAGUACUGCGGCAGCGCACCUCUUGGCGAUAGCCACAACGUCGGCGACGGAGAGAUCACAGUCAACUACAUCACUAAUGGAUGCAUCAAGCACGGGAACAAGAUCUGCUGA